CCAAGAAACUAUUAGCAUAAAUAAAUAAAUAGGAAGGUAUGAUGGAGUAGUCUCUGUAACAGCUGUUUAUCAAUAUGUGGCAAAUUUGAGCUGUUCCGCCUUUCGAAUUGUCCUGUUUUGCCACAACGUUAGCAUAAAUGCUUCAGACGCCAACUGUAACAUGCGGAAUGUUAUGAGGUUUGUUUAGCGUCAUUAUCGUCCAGCCAAAGCCUGCAACACAAGACAAGUGUAAGUUGAGUUUAAAUGUUUAAUAGCGUGUGCACUGAGACGCCGUUAGUUACACAAUACACAGCACAAUACAAAUCGAAAAAGUGGAACCCAAAGGCUGCACGAGUGCAUGUUCCAGAAAACCAUCAUCGGUUUUAUGAUCUUAAACAUGAUUCGUCAAGUCUUUGCGCGUUCUUUGAAAAGUAAAACGCAGGCUCAAGUUGUGACCUUAAAAGACUUUGAGGUGGACAAUAGCUUAGGUCGCGUCAUACCCAUGCUGGUAAAUAAUUAAUCAAGGGCCAGGUGAAGGCUAUAAAAGGAAAGCAAGUUAUCUCAAAGCAGAAGAAGAAGUGGUCAGAGGAUGGAGGAAGCGGCGAAGAGACGGCCCCUGAUAUCUGCUAAAGUGAAAGGACCAGGCCCAGGGCACUACGCUCUACCCCCGACAGUGGGCUACGUCAACCAUGAUGUCACCAAGCCCAGCAGCCCAGCUUACUCCUUCCGCACCCGCAUGAGCAGCACCAUGAUCUCUGUGGACUCCAGCCCGGGACCAAGAUACCACGUCGGUGCUAAUGUGACACGCUUUGGCCGAAUGGACACGCCCUCUUAUUCCAUGCUAGGCCGAGGGAAGCGGAUUACUAGCAAAGGGGAUCAGUUGCCGACUCCGGGACCAGGUGCCUACAGUCCGGAGAAGGCUCCGCCUCUCAACACUCAGCGUCGACCGCCAGCCUACACGAUUGGAGCCCGCACGUGCUACCGCACUGUGGAUGCAGUACCGGCACCCAACAGCUACACGCUCCCCAAGCUGUUGGGCAAUCAGGUCCCCAACAAGCCAUCCAGCGUCAGCUACAGCAUGUCGGCCCGCCGGAAGGUGGGGGGUCCCUCCGUAGACCUGGCCCAGAGUCCCGGGCCCUGCAGAUACAACUGCAUCGAUCCGGAUGUUUACCUCCAACGCCAGCCCUCCUUCUCCAUGCAGAGCCGGACCAAAAGGCCCACUUACCCCUCGGUCACACCGGGCCCGGGCGCCUACCGCCCGGAGCGUUCUGGGAUGCACCUCCGCAAGGCACCCUCCUUCACCAUGGGGGUCCGCCACUCAGAGUUUGUCAUGCCGCUUGUGCUGGACUUUGUCCACUGACCAGUUAGUGUCUUAGUACAGCAAGUAAAAAAAAUUGGGUUACCACUAGCUUGGUUGUUUAAUCGCCUAACAAACAAAUUGGACAUUUUGUGAUGUUGCACUGGCGCUAUUUUGUAUUGCAUAUGUUGAAGAAAAGCUUCCUUUCAGGUUAUAAAAGUGACAAGGGCCUCGCUGCUUGUACACACAAACCAAAUUGGGACUUAUUAUUUUGGUAUAUCAAUAAUAAAACACA